GUACUACGAGUGUUACAGCACAUUUGAUACGUUUGAUACAUUAUAUUCUCUCAAACUUGGCGACAUACGAUUUUUUGGGGCCACGACUCCACCAAUUAUAGUUUUAACUUCAUUAAUCAAUCCAGAUCAUUUCGACAAGAUGUCCGAAUACUGGAAAUCAACGCCUAGUUACUGGUGCAAGCACUGUAAACAAUAUGUCAAAGAUACCAAGCUCGAGAAAGCAAACCACGAAGCCAGUCCGCGACAUCAAGGCAAUCUCAAGCGUUUCCUGCGCGACCUACACCGUGGCCACGAGAAAGACGAACGGGAAAAAGACCGUGCCAAAAAUGAAAUCGCCCGUCUAAAUGGCAUAGUGAGUGGAAGUGGCGAAGCAGGAGGUUCCUCACAAUCGUCGCGACCUAGUUCUUCCACGCCGAAACCUCCAGCGACAGCCGCGCAGCGAAAACAACAACUGGCGCAAUUAGCAGAGCUAGGCGUUAGCGUUCCAGAUGAAUUUAGAUCUGAUUUGGCCAUGGCGGGCGAAUGGCAAGUCACUUCUGAGCGCGUUAUUGAUGAUGGAAGCGGAGAAACGAAACCAGAUGCGCUUGCAUUGGGUGUUCGGAAGAGAGAAGCCGAGGAUGAAGAUGAGGAGGCAAAAGAAGCGAAGAAGAGAAGAUGGGGUACGGCGAUCCGCACAUAUCCUACGGAGAAUAACGACGAUGACUUAGAUGCUUUGUUGAGCCAUAACAGUAAAGGCAAGGGUCCCGAUGUGAAGCCCGAAACGAACGACGGUAUCAGUAUAAAGACAGAGACAAAGCCGGAAGAAGCAGCAGAACCUUCAUUGAAUAGCGGAAAGGAAGAACCAGUUGUGAAACCCGAAAUAGAAGAAAAUGUCGAAAUCGACAUAAAGCAGAUUCCAGAGGCCACAGAGCAGAACAGUGAGCCCGCAGCGUCAGGAGUCGUUUUCAAGAAGAGAAAAGCCAAGAAUAUUCGCCAACGAUGAAACGCCACAAUCAGAAUUACAUAUCAAUUCACUCAAAAUCAAGCAACCCAUUCCGGGCAUAGAAACCCCAUUAUUGGAAACAUUGCAGAAUAUUGAACAGAAAAGUUCGCGCAAACCUGAUUAUAGGAGGGAAGAUCUUCAUGCUGCGGAGGCGGGACACAAACAUACCUACUGAUAUGGGUCUGGUAUGGUCUUCAAUUCCAUCUCGCCAUAGAACUUAACUUUGUAAAGAAGUUUAUCAUAUUGAUGCAACAGUGGAAAUUCCGUUAAGAAAACCUCCUAGCAUUUUGGCUAGCGGAUGGAGAGGUAGGUGCUUAGCUGCAUGUAUGUACUUUGUGCAAAGUGGAAAGAAGAGCUCCCAAUUCCGACUCCAUGCAACUAAUCAUUUGUACAUGAAGACCAAGAAAGUUACCCGAGAAAGUUUUAUCUCGGGUAUUCUUAGGAGAGUUAGUUGGCGCAUUAAAACUUAUUAGCACUCUACAAUUCACAUAUUGCGCCUCAAUAUUACGCACA